ACACCCCCCGAGACACCGCCGUCAACUCCAGCUUUCCUCUUCCCACCGCCCAUAGACCGGUUUACAACACCACCGGCUGAGGAACCUCCGCCGGAUGUAGCCGCCAUUGUCCCACCCGUUUUUGCCCUCCCACCGCCUAGCGAAUCCACGUCAGCACCGCCGUUCAUCCCUUCGCCACCGCAAGAACUCCCACCGGUGGAAAACUUCCCACCGGAGAUAGUCAUCGGACAACCACUGAUUCCGCCUCCCAUUGACCAGUCAACGCCGGCGUCGCCUUUGAUUCCCAUAUUCUUACCACCGCCGGUGGAAGAACUCCCGCCUGAUACAUCCACCGAGUCACCGCCUAACAUCCCGGACUUCGUCUUACCGCCGUCGAUUGAUCCAUCAACUCCCUCGUCGCCGUUCUUACCCAUAAUUUUCCCGCCACCAGCCCAAGAUUUCCCUCCAAUUUCCACUUCGCCGCCUUCCGUACAGGACCAGCCACCGGUCGUUCCGGUGUUCACCACUCCGCCGGCUUUCGGAGAUUUCCCGCCAAUUUUCUCUACAUCUCCAUCCGUACAGGAUCCGCCGCCGAUAGUCCCGGUGUUCUCCACGCCUCCAUCUUUCGGAGAUUUCCCGCCAAUUUUCACGUCACCGCCGUCCGUACAGGAUCCGCCACCCAUAGUUCCGAUAUUCUCCGCACCACCAGUAAUCGGGGAUCUUCCGCCGCAAAUUCCGGUAUUCUCGACGCCGCCGCAGCUUACAAAUCCAUGGCUACCGCCGGAGCAGCCUCCGGUGACGUCAUUUGCUCCACCGAUCGAAACGAUACCGACCAUACCGGAGAACCCAUUCCCGACCCCGGAGACGGGAUUCAAUCUUCCGCCGCAAAUUCCGGUGUCAUCGACGCCGUUGGUUCAGCUUCCUCCGCCGACGUGGGACGCUCCUCCUUUUAAUCGUUAGUUUCCUAUUUUAUUUUUCUCGUCUUUUUCCCAUUUACUUUUUUUUCUCCCUUCAAAUGUAAUCUAAAAAAAACCAUAAUAAGUUGUAAUGGCACUCCUCCAUGCUCA